AUGAAUGAUAAUGCAUCAUCAUCCACCAGGAAGAGGAAGAAGAGGAAAAGUUUCAAGACUUUGGACAAGGGUGAUGUGGCACAUUGUGGAGUUUGCAAGUUAUGGAGGUCAUUUGCACUCUAUAACAAGAACACGUUUAUGGCGUCCAAACCACCCAUGAGGAUAUUUUUCGAGCACUAUAGUGAUAAUACAAUGUUGUGGUGCCUGAAGGACUUUGAAGGAAGAAAUUUCAAAACCAUUGUUCCCGAUUCUGAGGGCAGGAAGUGUGUUGGAUGUACUUGUGGUUACCUGAUCUUAACGAGAGGUGCUGGUCUUGAAUGUACCGUGGGCCUCCUUGUCUUUUCACCUUCAAUAUCUGGGGGCCUUCUUGUCUUUUCACCUUCAAUAUCUGGUUGGGUGUUUGUUUUGUUACAUGAGAAUGAAUGGUGUGAAGGAAAUAUAUCUUUUUAUAUAGCGGGUAAACGAGGAUGGAAUCAUGUCUACUCUAAUCACCGCAUUCUUGAUAUACAUGUUUUCAAGGGGAAUAUAUAUACCCUAGACACUGAUUUUUGUGUACGCGAACUCAAACUCCUUCCAAAUCGGAAGCACAAAUGGACGUUACUUGAAAUCAAGAAUUUUCCAAAGCCUUAUAUGUUUUCAACGGAGUUUGUAAGUUCGAGUGAAAGCCUUUAUGUGAUAGAUCACUAUGCACCACACAAGGUUCUGGAAAUAGAUAUCGGUGAAAUGAAAUGGGUGUCACCAGAAAAGACAAUAGAAGAAUAUGCAAUCUUUCUUAGCAAUGGCGGGAUAAGGUCUUCUGCUGCUAUUAAACCCGAGUCAUGGGCUGGCCCUUGGACAGAUUACAAGAGCUAUGAUUGCUUUCUUGAUACUAAUAAAAAUCGACUGGACAUUUUCGAUUUUAACACGAUAUGGUACUUCCCCCAUGAUUGUUUGAAUGUUAAUCUCUUAGAUAAAUGA